AUGAUUAAUUUAUUCAACACCCAGCGUACUAAUUAUUAUAGAGAAAAUAAAUCUAUAUUUUUUUCAAAUAUAGUCUCUCUAUUUCUUUUAUUUUCUUUUAUAUUUUCAACUUCUAAUGCUGCAAUUAUUUCUCCACGAACUCUCCUACUUCCCGUAAAUGAUACUUCAUCUAAUGAUGCUAACUUGAAUAAUGCAGGUGUUCCAUCAAAUAGUUUACAAUAUCAAGAAUCACAAAAUAGUAUAUUAGAAUCGAUUAUAAAUUCUAACACAAAUAUUAUAAAUUCUUCUCCACCUACCCUUGUUACACCAACGUUAACUCCAUCUGUUGCAUCACCGGCCUACCAAAUUUUACCUUCUGAAACAUAUAUGAAUCAUUAUGAAUCAGCUCAAAGACAGUAUGCGAAUGCUAUCGACUUAACUACAAAAAUAACGGAAGGUAUUAUUCCUUUGGAUGUAAGCAUAGAUCCUAUGAAAAAUACAAUGGUACAAGUCACUAUCUCUACUGGUGUCACCACUUAUACAGAAAAUGGUAAAAUUUAUUAUAAAACCUAUUACAUCAUUAGAGAAGAAGAGUUAGCUGAUGUUGAAGGUACAUGGGCUGAAAAAAACUGUAUCAUCCCUAGUACAGCUCAAUCUACUCCAGGUUUUGCAGCUACAGUUUAUCCAUAUUCUGAUGAUGGUACAACAGGUGCUGCGUACCUAGAAGGUGGUAGCUUUAAAAACUCUGAUCCUAUUUCAGUGGUGACAGGUGUUACUGAUUUAACCUCUGUAACUGGAGGAUCAGGGGGUUAUGUUGUCGAAUAUGAUGGUUAUUUUAUUCCAAGUGAUACAGGUCUUUAUGAUAUCCAACUACUAGGUGCUGAUUCUGCAGCUAUUGUCAUGUUUGCCAAUCCAAGUGCUCUUGAUACAAACAAUGCCGUUCCCCAAAGCUCAGAUCUUGAUAUUAAUUUAUCAAUGCAGUCUGGUCAAACGGAUCAUAAUACAGCAAUGGGUUGGCUAUAUGCAGGACUAGCUUAUCCAAUUAAAAUUUUAUAUUACACAGAUGAUCCUUCAAAUAUCAACUUGUCCUUGCAAUUCACAGAUCCAAGUAGUGAAAUUCAUUCAAUAACCGAUAAUGUCGUAUCAUAUGGCAAUUUAAAAGUAUUGUGCCCAAAAUUGAUGGGAACACAUAUUGAAAUGAAUUCCACCAUAACUACUGCAUGGACUGGGUCUUUUACUUCCACGUAUUCACUUUCAACUUUAACUACUAUUGGCACUGAUGGUAAUACAACAAUUGAAAAUAUUUAUUAUGUAGAAACCCCAGAAAUUGAUCAAUUAUCUACCAAAUUUUUUGACUACUCAGGAACACUUACAACUACAUACUCAACUAAAAUUAAAAAAUCAACUGGUACAGAUGGACUUAUUACAACAUGGACGAUUUACUACGUUGAUAUUCCAAGUGUUGUUUCUACUUCUUUUAAAAGUACGUACUGGACUGGGUCUUACUCAUCUACAUAUUCCACCAAAACAAAACGUACAAUUGGUAGUGAUGGUCUACCAACAACCCUUGUUAUAUACUAUGUCGAAACACCAAUUGGUUACACAACAGAAACUAGAUAUUUUCCAUGGACUGGAACAUAUACUUCUACUUAUUCUACUAAGAACAAACUAUCUGUAGGACCAGACGGUUCUACUACAUCAGAGGUCAUAUACUUAGUAGAAACUCCAGCACACGCUACUAGUUCCUCAAUAAUAAGUCUAACAGAUGGCUCGCUAUAUACAACCGAUAUAAACUCAGCUACAAAAUCUGAAUCAUACCCAGCGACAUCUGAUACUCAGCAGGGCAGUAGUGGUACUGUUAGUAUUAAUUCAGAUAUUGAUUCAACACUCCAAUCAAAUGACAACUCAGUGUAUCACUCAAAAACGUCUACACUUAACAGCAACAGUUGGGCAACAUCAACAAUAGGAACUCAAAGCAAUAACCCGUCCCUAGGACAAUCGACGACAUUAACCUCAGCGUUUACUUCUACUGCAACAAGUGCCACAUAUUCUGUGUCUACUGCUACCCCACCAGUCGUGACCAGUGCUAUAUCAUCAAGUGCUACAUCUUCUGCUUCUAAUGGUAUUUUAUCCGGGCCUUCAGUUGUUUCAUCCUCUAGUGGUGUAUCAUCUGCUUCUAGUGGUGCUCCAUCCUCUAGUGGUGCAUCCUCUGCUUCUAGUGCUGCUCCAUCCUCAAGUGUUGGAUCCUCUGCUUCUAGUGGUGCUGUAUCCUCAAGUGUUGCAUCCUCUUCUUCUAGUUCUAAUCCAUCCUCAAGUGUUGCAUCCUCUGCUUCUAGUGGUGCUCCAUCCUCAAGUUUUGGAUCCUCUGCUUCUAGUGGUGCAUCCUCUGCUUCUAGUGCUGCUGCAUCCUCAAGUGUUGCAUCCUCUGCUUCUAGUGCUGUUGUAUCCUCAACUGCUGCAUCAUCUGCUUCUAGUGGUGCAUCCUCUGCUUCUAGUGGUGCUCCAUCCUCUAGUGUUGCAUCCUCUGCUUCUAGUGGUGCAUCCUCUGCUUCUAGUGCUGCUGCAUCCUCAAGUGGUGCAUCCUCUGCUUCUAGUGCUGUUCCAUCCUCUAAUGAUGCAUCCUCUGCUUCUAGUGGUGCUCCAUCCUCUAGGGUUGCCUCCGCUGCUUCUAGUGGUGCUCCAUCCUCUAGCGUUGCCUCCGCUGCUUCUAGUGCUGGUCCAUCCUCAAGUGAUGCAUCCUCUGCUUCUAGUGCUGUUCCAUCCUCUAGUGUUGCAUCCUCUGCUUCUAGUGGUGCUCCAUCCUCAAGUGGUGCAUCCUCUGCUUCUAGUGCUGUUCCAUCCUCUAAUGAUGCAUCCUCUGCUUCUAGUGGUGUUCCAUCCUCUAGUGUUGCAUCCUCUGCUUCUAGUGGUGCAUCCUCUGCUUCUAGUGGUGCAUCCUCUGCUUCUAGUGCUGCUGCAUCCUCAAGUGGUGCAUCCUCUGCUUCUAGUGCUGUUCCAUCCUCUAAUGAUGCAUCCUCUGCUUCUAGUGGUGCUCCAUCCUCUAGUGUUGCAUCCUCUGCUUCUAGUGCUGUUCCAUCCUCAAGUGUUGGAUCCUCUGCUUCUAGUGGUGCUCCAUCCUCUAUUGUUGCCUCCGCUGCUUCUAGUGCUACUCCAUCCUCAAGUGUUGCAUCCUCUGCUUCUAGUGGUGCUCCAUCCUCAAGUUUUGGAUCCUCUGCUUCUAGUGGUGCAUCCUCUGCUUCUAGUGCUGCUGCAUCCUCAAGUGUUGCAUCCUCUGCUUCUAGUGCUGUUGUAUCCUCAACUGCUGCAUCAUCUGCUUCUAGUGGUGCAUCCUCUGCUUCUAGUGCUGCUGCAUCCUCAAGUGGUGCAUCCUCUGCUUCUAGUGCUGUUCCAUCCUCUAAUGAUGCAUCCUCUGCUUCUAGUGGUGCUCCAUCCUCUAGUGUUGCAUCCUCUGCUUCUAGUGGUGCAUCCUCUGCUUCUAGUGCUGCUGCAUCCUCAAGUGGUGCAUCCUCUGCUUCUAGUGCUGUUCCAUCCCCUAAUGAUGCAUCCUCUGCUUCUAGUGGUGUUCCAUCCUCUAGUGUUGCAUCCUCUGCUUCUAGUGGUGCAUCCUCUGCUUCUAGUGCUGCUCAUCCUCAAGUGUUGCAUCUUCUGCUUCUAGUGGUGCUCCAUCCUCCAAGUGUUGGAUCCUCUGCUUCUAGUGCUACUCCAUCCUCAAGUGUUGCAUCAUCUGCUUCUAGUGGUGCUGCAUCCUCAAGUGUUGCAUCCUCUGCUUCUAGUGCUGCUGCAUCCUCUAGUGAUGCAUCCUCUGCUUCUAGUGGUGUUCCAUCCUCAAGUGUUGCAUCCUUUGCUUCUAGUGGUGCUCCAUCCUCUAGUGUUGCAUCCUCUGCUUCUAGUGGUGCAUCCUCUGCUUCUAGUGCUGCUGCAUCCUCAAGUGAUGCAUCCUCUGCUUCUAGUGCUGUUCCAUCCUCUAGUGUUGCAUCCUCUGCUUCUAGUGGUGCUCCAUCCUCAAGUGUUGCAUCCUCUGCUUCUAAUGCUGCUGCAUCCUCAAGUGUUGCAUCCUCUGCUUCUAGUGCUGCUGCAUCCUCAAGUGUUGCAUCAUCUGCUUGUAGUGGUGCUCCAUCAUCAAGUGUUGCAUCUUCUGCUUCUAGUGCUACUCCAUCCUCAAGUGUUGCAUCCUCUGCUACUAGUGCUGUUCCAUCCUCAAGUGUUGCAUCUUCUGCUUCUAGUGCUGCUCCAUCCUCUAGGGUUGCCUCCGCUGCUUCUAGUGCUGCUGCAUCCUCAAGUGUUGCAUCCUCUGCUUCUAGUGCUGUUGUAUCCUCAACUGCUGCAUCAUCUACUUCUAGUGGUGCAUCCUCUGCUUCUAGUGCUGCUGUAUCCUCAAGUGUUGCAUGCUCUUCUUCUAGUUCUAAUCCAUCCUCAAGUGUUGCAUACUCUGCUUCUAGUGGUGCUCCAUCCUCAAGUGUUGGAUCCUCUGCUUCUAGUGGUGCUCCAUCCUCAAGUGUUGUAUCUUCUGCUUCUAUUGCUGCUCCAUCCUCAAGUGUUGCAUCCUCUGCUUCUAGUGCUGCUGCAUCCUCAAGUGUUGCAUCCUCUGCUUGUAGUGGUGCUCCAUCAUCAAGUGUUGCAUCUUCUGCUUCUAGUGCUACUCCAUCCUCAAGUGUUGCAUCCUCUGCUACUAGUGCUGUUCCAUCCUCUAAUGAUGCAUCCUCUGCUUCUAGUGGUGCUCCAUCCUCUAGGGUUGCCUCCGCUGCUUCUAGUGGUGCUCCAUCCUCUAGCGUUGCCUCCGCUGCUUCUAGUGCUGGUCCAUCCUCAAGUGAUGCAUCCUCUGCUUCUAGUGCUGUUCCAUCCUCUAGUGUUGCAUCCUCUGCUUCUAGUGCUGCUCCAUCCUCAAGUGUUGCAUCCUCUGCUACUAGUGCUGUUCCAUCCUCUAAUGAUGCAUCCUCUGCUUCUAGUGGUGCUCCAUCCUCUAGGGUUGCCUCCGCUGCUUCUAGUGCUGCUGCAUCCUCAAGUGUUGCAUCCUCUGCUUCUAGUGCUGUUGUAUCCUCAACUGCUGCAUCAUCUGCUUCUAGUGGUGCAUCCUCUGCUUCUAGUGCUACUCCAUCCUCAAGUGUUGCAUCCUCUGCUUCUAGUGGUGCAUCCUCUGCUUCUAGUGCUGCUCCAUCCUCUAGUGUUGCCUCCGCUGCUUCUAGUACUACUGUAUCCUCAAGUGUUGGAUCCUUUGCUUCUAGUGCUGUUCCAUCCUCUAGUGUUCCAUCUUCUGCUUCUAGUGGUGCUCGAUUAUCAAGUGUUGGAUCCUCUGCUUCUAGUGGUGCUCCAUCCUCAAGUGUUGGAUCCUCUGCUUCUAGUGGUGCUCCAUCCUCAAGUGUUGCAUCUUCUGCUUCUAGUGCUGCUGUAUCCUCUAGUGUUACAUCCUCUGCUUCUAGUGGUGCUCCAUCCUCAAGUGUUGGAUCCUCUGCUUCGAGUGGUGCUCCAUCCUCAAGUGUUGUAUCUUCUGCUUCUAUUGCUGCUGUAUCCUCUAGUGUUACAUCCUCUGCUUCUAGUGGUUCUCCAUCCUCUAGUGGUGCAUCCUCUGCUUUUAGUGCUAUUCCAUCCUCAAGUGUUGUCUUCUCUUCUUCCAGUGGUUCUCCAUCCUUUAAUGAAGUAUCAUCUGCUUCCAGUGCUUCGGUAGUCUCAAGUGUUUCAUCUUCUAGUUGUAGUAUUUCUGCUUCUUCAAGUGCUGCAUCUUCUGCUUUCAGUUAUGUUUUUUCUGUUUCAAGUGGUUAUCUAUUUUCAAAUGAUGCUUCUUCUGUUUUUAGUGUUGGUUCAUCCGGGUUAUCUAAUAUUGCAUCUACAUUGUGUCCAACAUGUGAAAGCAGUACAAUAUCAACAACCUUCUCUGAUCACAAUAGUAUUUUAUUACCUUCUGGUACUGCAAGUAUUGUGCCAUCUAGUUUGGGUGAUAAAGGUUCAAAGAUUGUUAGCACAAUGAGUUAUAGUUACAGUACGAAUAGUUCUUCAUACGCUUGCACAACAUGCUUUUCUUCUGAUUUGCCUUUGGGCGCCUCGUCUGUUUUAGUAAGUACCACAUCACCUCCUUCCGGUUUUAGUGCAACUUCAAAUUCACAUUGUUCAACAUGUAUUACUAAUAGUACUCCAAAAGUAAUCAUUAGUAGUAGCACAGAACAUCCAAAGCAUUCCAUUUUUACUGUAACAAUCGUUGAAAAUAACACAUCCACGAAGACAGUUGUUGUUCACUGUUCUGAGACUACUAAAUCAAAUGGUGAAGUUCUUACUGUCACCACAACUAUUCCGUGUACUACUUCCAUUUCAGCCGGUCACUCUUCGUACACGACAACCAUGAUAGAAAAUGGUACUGUUACCAAGACAGUUGUUGUUCACUGUUCUGAGACUACUAAAUCAAAUGGUGAAGUUCUUACCUUAACAGUUACAAAGUCCUUUACAGGACAGACAGAAUCUCUCUCUAUUUUGUCAUCUACAUCAACAAAUAGUGAGUUGGUUGCUUCGAGAAUUAUAUUCACUACCACCGAGGAACAGCUCCCCACUGAAACAAUUUUGGAUUCAUAUUCGAUCUCUUCUACUACUCAAAAUUCUAUAUUUUUCCCAAAUAAAACCGUUACACAUACUGAGCCAUAUAAUACUAUACUACCUAAAGAAACUGUCAGUAUUAAUUAUAACAGGACAAGCACUAUUUUUGCAAAUAUCAAUGGUUCUAUUACAGAAGUAAAUUCACUACCUCAUGUUACUACUAUUUUACAACAAGUUUCAAAUAAUGGAAGUUACCAGGUUGUAACUCUUAUUGGAAACAUAGCAGCUAACUUAAAGUUGAAUGGUACAAAUAUAACCAGAACUCUUCAAGUAGAUAAAAGACAAUUAACUGAAAUUGUACCUAUGGAAAAUCCCGAGCCUUCUCGUGUUACUGCUUCAAUUUUUGACCAGAUAGAAAAUAGUGGAAUUAGUAUAAAAUUUCAUCCUUUGUAUGAAAUCCUUGCACUAAUAGUUACAAUGUUGAUAAUCUAA